AUGCCUUGCCAACCGAUUCCAUUCGAGGUCAUUGUCCGAGGAGAGAUGAGCAUCCUCCCUUCCAUCGAAUCGAUGCCGAUGCCCUUUGAUGAGAUUUCAGGAUCUUUCGGCAUGACUCAAAUUCCCGGCAUGCCUAGCGUUAGGUGUCCAACUUGUCUUGCCAAAGGUCAAGAAGUAUGGGUUAUUGCAGGAAGAGCCUGUGGCGCUUGUGGUACUGGCUGUUGA